AUGGUUGUUCCCGCCAGUACUGAAACGGCCAAAAAGAACACCACCACGCGGAAGAGGAAGGCGUCCGGUGGUAGGAAGAAACUCACAGACUUCAAUAAAUUCAUGCAGACGGAAGUCGCUCGGUUGAAGGAGCAGGAUCCCGACAUGCCCCACAGGGACAGGUUCAAAUUGGUGAUCGAGAACUGGAACAAGCAGAAAGAGAAGGACAAGUGA